CGCGUCGCUCCUCGAAUCUUGCGUUUUUCCGUGGUGUUUUCCGUGCUUUUCCGAUUUGUGUGUUGUGUUGUUGUUCUUGAUAAGAGCUGAAAAAGCGAAGAGUAGCGAUAAUAUCGGUGUAGGAAGUGUGAGUGAAAAAUCAUACGCGUUGAUUGCGAUGUAGAGCGACACACAACGCCAGAAGCAGCAGCAGCUGAUCAGCACAAAAAUAUCAAUCCCGACCUGGCGAGCCUCGGAAGUAGUGGCAAGAAGAAGAGUGGCAAAUCGGGCGCCAGCUGAGAAAUCUCUCUUUUCCACCCGUUCCUGCCCGUAUCUCCGCGGUGUGUGCUACGUGCGUGAUUUGGUGUGUCGCGUGCGUGAAUAUACGGACGACCCAGCAGCAGCCGCCGCAACGAGUGUUAGAAAUCCCGUGCAUUGUGAAUGCCUAACGAAGUAGGAUCCACUGCGAUUGAUUUGCUUCGCGUCGUCAUCUGGCGCAGUGAAAGUUGAGUUAGUGGCCAUAACGCACUCCCCGCUCCCUCGUACAAAGCGGGUGUGGUGUGGUUUGUCCCGGAUCUAGCGGAAUACCGAAAGCAAAUUUCACCGAGUGCCUCUGUUAUCACACAGUAGGCGGCGAGCGGUGCGUGUGUAGUGUGGAAACCAGGGGUAACGGAAUAACCAUCGCCACAACGCACAAACCAAGUACCCAUGUUUGGCGAUAUUUUGGUGCUCCGUGGAUUCGUUGAUGGUGAUUAGGUGUGAUUAGGAGGCCCACACUAAGCAAAGAGGCUGCGCGGCGAGAGGAACGAACGGUUGUAUCGCCUUGGCAACGCCACGACGAUCAUGAGAUUGUCGCGUUGGACGACGCCAAUCAGUAGUACAUCAUAGAUAGAAGAGAAAACACCCCGAAAUCAUCCCUGACGACAGUACCAACACCGUCCUCAUCCAAGCGUCAAAAUUACGUCCAAGUUGAACCUCUCGAUUCUGGCCACGAUGGAGCAGGACGAGGAAGAGGAGGUGCACGACAUACGCGAACAGAUGUUCCACAACACGGUUCGCGAGCAUAUCAUUUUUAUGUUACUAUUCCUGCUGCUUUACCUUGGUAGCUAUGCGCUGAUCAUGCGAUUCCGGAGACGCGAUCGUGCUGAUUUGUAUUCAAACGAUGAAGAUGAAAUUACAGUUUACAGAAUAAGUCUGUGGUUAUGCACCUUUUCGUUGGCGGUAGCGGUUGGUGCAGCGCUACUGCUCCCGAUUUCGAUCGCCAGUAACGAGGUACUGAUACUCUAUCCGAACAGCUACUACGUGAAAUGGUUAAACAGCUCGCUUAUACAAGGUCUAUGGAACUAUGUGUUUCUGUUCUCCAACCUGGCACUGUUUGUGUUGCUACCGUUCUCGUAUCUCUUCACCGAGUCGACGGGCUUCAGCGGGUACAAGAAGGGCGUUAUGGCACGUGUGUACGAGACAUUUACCGUGUUCUCGCUGGUCGCAUUUACCGUGCUCUGCACCACGUACUUGAUUGCUGCGCUUGGUGAUCCCGAACGGAGCAUCUUUCAGGCAUUAUUUAAUGUAGGGAGAUUUCAUCUGCCAUUCUUGUACUCAUGUGUAUCGUUUUUAGGAGUACUUUUACUAUUAGUUUGCACCCCGAUGGGUUUCGUAAGACUGUUCGGUGUGGUGGGCCAGGUACUGGUGAAGCCAAACCUGCUACGCGAUGUCAACGAGGAGUUCCACGCGUUCAACAUCGAGGAAGCGACAGUGAAGCGUAAGCUGGCUAAUGUUAAUCUAAACAUAGAACUAAGAAAUGUGACAACGAUUGAUCUUACGCCAGCGAAGCUUUGCUCCGGGUUGGAUGAUUUGUAUCAAAUCAAGAAUACCGCAGAGGGCACCGCAAGCGAGUCGGCCAAACUAUUCGCAAGACUGAGAGAAUUGGAGUCUGAGCGCAAAGUGUUAGAGAAGCAACGCAGCUCUUCGGCUCUCCAGAGGAAUCUGGUCUAUCCGAUAGCGAUGCUGCUGCUGCUUAUUCUGACCGGCAUCACCGUUCUGCUGGUCGUGCAAAAUACACUCGAGCUGCUGAUCGGCAUCAAGGCGGUACCGCUGAGCACAAGACAAUUUACUCUGGGUAUCACAUCACUCUCGAAGCUUGGGCCUCUCGGUGCAACGCUCGAGGUUUGUAUCAUUACAUACCUGGGCGUUACAUCGGCGGUUGGGCUUUAUACGAUGCCGUUUAUGCGCAAUGUUCGCCCCCGACGACGCAAGACGUCCCUGACGCAGCUGAUAUUUAACUGUGGUCUCGUUCUGAUACUCAGCUCAGCGCUUCCACUUCUAGCGCGCAUUCUAGGUAUUACAAACUUCGAUCUGCUCGGCGAUUUUGGUGAGAUCGAGUGGCUGGGCAACUUUAUGAUCGUACUGCUGUACAACGUAGUGUUCGGGACGGCGGCCACGCUCUGCCUGUUCAACAAAUUCACCGCCACCGUGCGGCGUGAGCUGUGCGCCCGGUUAGUGGAGAACUAUUUCAUCUUUCUUAGCUAUCUUACGUUCAUGAUCAACUGAUCGCGACCGCUGAUGCCACUGCAGCCGCAAUAGUGGCAAUCAUUCAUUAAUCGCUUGCUAAGCUACUGCUUGUUGGUACGCUCGAAGAUGGCGUAUUAGGUGAUUCUAGUUUAUCCGAUCCGAUUUCCGCUUGAAAUUGUUCCACAAAACAUUUAAUUAACCAGUUUGAGCCGAGUUUUGACGCAUCACAGUAGUCAGUCUAACAAUAGUGCCGUCGAAUAGGAUUAGAGGAUCAGUAGUCAUGAGCACCUUAGAUCAGACAGGCACAUGCACGACGGACGAAAGGAGAGGUUAAGGAGGAAAUCUCCCCACUGCCAAGCUACCGCAAUACGCUUCCUUCUUAGAACGCCCCCUGUACUUGACGUAAUCGAGCUGUAUGUACGACCAUUGCACUGUUUUGACCAAUUAGAUCCUCGACUUACUCUACGUUGCUAGAUUCCUGUCUUUACGUUACGCUUUUAUUUAUUUGUUCAUUAAUUAUAAAAACAUCUUCAUUUCAUUUACUUUCACAUUUCAUUGCUACUAGUGUAGUAUCACUCGUCCAUACUUAUCACUUCCACGUGUGUGUCUGUGUCGUUCGCUCUUUGAGUCUAUGAGUGUAACUAAAAUGAAAAUGAUAACUUACGGUUAUUUCGGUUUUUGAUAUUAUAUUUAUUCUCAUAUUUUUGCUCGUUCGUUCGAGUUAGAUUAAACUUUAUACAGCCAAACUGGUAGGCAGCAAGUGUUGAUACUUUCGGAUAUUACAAAUAAGUAUUGUGUAACAUUUUGUUCUUUUCGAUCAAUCACGUUCGUUGGCGGGGAGUGAGGCAUAUGAUCUCUAGUCGAUAAAAAAAUGAAAUGAAAGAGUAUAAGAACCGAAACAGUCGAUACAGCAGUGGUGCGCAGUGUGGCACAAGUAUAAAUAAUAUGCGCAGUGAUAAGAAAGUAGGGCAUGCCUUACCUUUUGCCAACAUAAAUGAACUGAUAUUAGAAGAUUAGGUCAAGAGUGGUAGCAGGGAAGUCUUGUUUUUUCAAUAAGAAAAAGUAUAUCAUUACCAGAGCGAAAGUGUUAGUUUAACGUGAAGCGAUAGGCCCGAAAGUUUAAGAACGUUAAAACCUAUUGAGCUAUCAUUUAAUGCAUUGCACAUUGCGUAGCGUGAGUGUUGUGUAUUUGAUUUUGGUUUCCGCUUAAUCAUACCACCAGCAAAGAGAUGGACAAUAAAGUGACCGUGCGUCUUGUGCUUGUGAGUUUUUCUUAUAUAUAAAAGAACGACUUAAUGAACUUUUUGAAAAGAAUCUACAUUACCUUUUUGUGUUGGAGGAAACAAUGUUGUUGGUAUUGGUUACUAAUUACUUACAUAUAUGUUUAGUGUUUAAACGCUUAGUAGAAAACAUAACACUAACGACACUAACAGUGACUAACACAAUGGUAUAUCUUUGGUGUGAUGUAUUCUUAAUGGUACUUGAUUCGACUUCUUGUUACACAACAUCUAACGGUGUUCUGUUUUUGGUUACUUAUGUUUCUUUCUUUCCUCUCCGUUAUGUACAUGAUUUACACGAACCUUUCGAACAUCAACGUCCUGUCUCAACAUACAUAUGGCUCGCACGUGUUCCUCCCCUCCUGCGGCUGGUUGGUUGGUAAUAUCGCGACCGAACACAGCCUCAGAGCCCUUUUUAACUACAGCAGCCAUUUCGAGUCCAGCAUUUAUCAGACCGCCGGCAAUCUGAACCAUCUACAUCCAAACCAUCCUUCAUCAGCCGGCGGGCAACAUCAGCAGAGACAGGAACAACAAA